AUGGGGGACUUAGAAAACCUAAGGACAAGUACAAACACUCCUACAGAUCCCGAAAUUAAUGUGAAAAACGCUUUCUCAACUAUAAGGAAUGUUCAGGGUGACGUCAAAAAAUUCAAGUGUACAGAGUUUGCAAUCUCCCUUGGUUGGCCUCUGAAUGAUUGGUUAGGAACACCGAUUAUCAAAUUAAUGUCCGAGAACGAGAUUAAGGAUUACGAGGACGGAAAAUUGAAAUGGGGAAGUUUCGAUCUUGAGGCUUUUUUGAAAUCUCAGCUGUUCAAAGAAAAGAUAUCCAGAUGUGAAUGGAACGGUCUCUAG